AUGAACGAACCUAUUUUGAUUGAUGAACCUAUUGGUCUGAACACUAUUCCUUCCGAAACUAAUUUUAUAUCAACUGAUAUAUUUGGUAAAAAUAAUAAUAUCUAUAAUUACUAUCAAAAAGGUGAUAUUGAUUCUCAUGCUAAUUAUAAUCCUAGUAAUGACAGCCAAUAUCUACCUCUAAAGGGACCUACUAAGAUUCAGCAAUUUCAAUUCUUGACUAAACAAGAUGGACUGAAUUUUGACAAUUACUUUACUACAGAACAAAAUUCAAUGACUGGACAAAAUUCAAACAUUAACUAUUUUCUAGACACAUCAAAAUUCUUAUUACUAAAUGAUAUCAUAGCACCAGAGUCUUUAGAUAUAGCUAAAUCAAAACCUAUCGGAUCACAAACAAUAACAUAUCAAAAAUACUCAUCGCCAGCAAACAACGCCAAGUUCGAUGAGAGAAGAGAGUUUCGGAGAGAAUAUAAUCGCAAUUCAGCACGAAAAUCACGUCAACGAAAAAAGGAACUUGAAAAAAAUCUAAGGGAAAAAAUUGAAUUUUAUGAAUUACAAAUACCACAGAAAAAGCAAGAAUUAGAAGUUAUUAUGAAGAAGAUCGAGGAACUAAAAGUUGAAUGUCAUUUUUAUAGUCAUAGAGAUAAGUACUAA